AUGGAUCCAUCGCAGGCGCAAAGCCCGCCCUCAUCGCGGCUCUCUGCGAUGGCCUUGAACGGCUCGCCAUCGGCGCAGCUGGCUGCAAUGGCCUUUAAUGCCUCACCUUCGGGACGGCUGGCUGAGAUGGCCCUGAACAGCCCACCCGUUCAGCAGGCUCCACGUGAUGCACCUACUGAUCCCACUGGUGCCCCUGGUAGAGCUUCCCCCACUUACACCUCUUUGUUUGGUGGCACUUCCCCUCGUAGGACUCCUCACUUGACUGAAAGUCCUUCCCCCACUUCGAGCCUUCCCAACACGCCUUCCCCCUCGACAGGCACCUAUCUGGACACUUGA